CUUGGUCCGGGUGGCAGUAGCGAUGGCGGCUCUGACUGACGUGCAGCGGCUGCAGGCUCGAGUGGAGGAGCUGGAACGCUGGGUGUACGGCCCUCACGGGACUCGAGGCUCGCGGAAGGUGGCUGAUGGUCUGGUCAAGGUGCAGGUGGCUUUAGGGAACAUUGCCAGUAAGAGGGAGAGGGUGAAGAUUCUGUACAAAAAGAAGGAGCAGUUCAUCCUUUCCCAGGUUGCACUCCUGGAGCACGUGGAUGCCCUUGUGCCCAUGCUGGACAGUGCUCCCAUCAAAGCCGUUCCUGAGCAUGCUGCGCACUUGCAGCGCCUGGCCCAGAUCCACAUCCAGCAGCAGGAUCAGUGUGUGGAGAUUACUGAGGAAUCCAAGGCUCUCCUGGAGGAAUACAACAAGACCACAAUGCUUCUCUCCAAGCAAUUUGUGCAGUGGGAUGAGCUACUUUGCCAGUUAGAGGCAGCAAAGCAAGUGAAACCAGCAGAAGAAUGACAGCUCCUCUCCAUCCCAGGGCAGCCACAUUGCAGGACCCUGUGCCUAUCUUAUAUAACAGGGCAGAAGCAGCUUUGUAUUUAUUGGCUU